CGGAGAAGAGUAUCGACAGCACGCAUUUCCUGGAGCUCUCCGUUGUUACGUGAAACAGAAAAAUGCGCAAACAUUUGUUUUAUCCUGGGAGAAUGUCCGUUUCAUUCCGUAAGGGACCACGGGGAUUUCUCCGUCAGGAUCCGACUGACGCAGCCAAAGUCCUGAAAGACAACCCGUCUCUGCAGGACAAGUCUGCACCUGUCAAGGAGGAGCUGGUCAGGCAAAAUGCGCUGACUGUGGUCCGCCAGAGAGGAGGAGACCCUUCAGAUAAAACUGAAGUGUCUGGAGAUUACAUCCUGCAGUUUGGGAAGUACAAGGGGAAGUCCUUCCGCUGGCUUCUGGAGAAUGACAUUGGGUAUACCAUCUACCUGAUCAGGAACCAGCAAAAGGAGGAGGCUGCAGGAUUGUUCAUGGCAGCGGGGCACAACAAGGACAGCCUACUGUCAUUUGUGACCUAUUCCCUCAUCUUUCCAGAAAUCCAAUCUCUUCUCAGCUAUGAGGAACAAAAGCCAGUUGUGGCAGCAGCAGCAUCGGAGGACGACCAGCUGGUUGGUUUUGGCUCUCGUGCCAACAACACCUGGCGAGAGAUUUGGGACAGCAGGGAGGAUGGCUAUUCAUCCUUCAUUGUGAAGACAAAGUGUGCUGCGGGGACAAAGAUGCACAAGCUCCAACUCUACCUCCAGAAGAAGCUGCAUCCAUCCACCGUGUCCUCUCUGAUGACACACGCCUCACAUGCUCCUGCUGAAGCCAUUGUGAUGGAUGAAGAUGAAGAGCUGGAGAGAGCGAUGCUGGGUAUCUCUCCUUCCAAGCAACACGUGCAGAGCUCUGUUUUUGCAUCAUCCUCAUCGUCAUCAUCUGCCAGAGAACGACAGCCUUUGAGAAGAGAAAGAGGUCUUUAACCCAAAGCGUCCUGCCGUCGACCGACACAACUGGGACCAUGAAUUCUUAUCCCACAUGAAGCAUGACUAUUCUCAUCCCGUCUCAUGUUGACCACGUUCUGGUCAUGUUUGUCUUUUGGUGUUCUACCUAUUGUCCUAGUGACUAUGAAUUGAUUCCAGUCAUGAUGAGGGUACGUAUCAGUCUUUGUUUUCUUAUAUGGAUGAAAAGAAAAAAAUGUACAUGUGAAACUGAUGUGUUACUAACACCUGAUUGCAUGUGUUUGAUGUGUUUGAAGUGUGUCCUGUUGCUUCCCCUGCCUAGGUUAAAUCACAAUGACUGGCUACUGAAUAUUAACCCAUUCCAACAUAAACACAUGUAUGAAUGAAGUAUAUUCUUUAUAUAAUAAUGUUAGAAACAGUCAGUUUGAUUGGAUUUGGCAGAAAAAAGCAGGUGAAGUAAAGAUAUUUUUUGCCUUUACUAACAGUAGUUUUUUGUGUAUUGUCAAAAUAUCAAUAACAAACAAGGGUAUAAAUAACAAACAAGGGUUUUUCCGUUCCAGUACCAUCUGCUACACUGGCUGCACCAGCCAAGGCUAAGGGUUCACAAGUAGAUGCCCCUGCAUUACCAUCCGUAAAGAGACCUGUGCCCGUUCCCCAGGAGCUCAUGUGUCUGAUGCCCGAAGGAGCAGCUCAUCUGUCAACAGAGGCGACUGCCACAGUUCCUGGAUCAGAGGAGCUCCUGAUUUCUCCUGAGACGUCUGCAGAGCCCGGUCAACUGCCAACUCCACACAGAGAUCAAAGUGAGCCUUUACCCAGGCCAAUAGCUGUCCCCACCUGUCCUCCUCCACAGCUUCCUGGCUACGACCACGAUGUCAGCCAGUGGAACUGUUCACAGCAACAGAGGAUCUGGAUGAAGACGGAGCUGGAAUCUAUGGGUCUCUGGCCAGGUUCCAUUCCUGUGCGGAACCCCAUGAAGAUGGUGUCAUUGUGGCGUUUGCCUCCCCAGCCUGAAUUGAUUGACAGCAUCUCCGAUCUUCCUUCCCCAAAGUACUUUCAGCUCCAUCCAUUUUUUAUAUGGAAGCCAGAGAACAAUAACCUCAUGGGGAGGAUGAGGAACAACGACACUCUGCCGUGUAUGGGAGGUUGUGCACGGCCUCAAGUUGCCUCUGCAGGUGUUGGUAGACCUCGUGUCGUUGUUGGCAUCACUGGACAGUACUACCUGUUGUCAUCCAGGCUGUGCUGCAAAGUGUGCAAAAAAAAGUGGUACGCUGACAACCCACUGUGGCUUGACAAACUCCCAAAGAGGUACACAAACCUCUUGCCAGCCAUCCUGACGUACAAGAAGGCAAUAUGUAAAUCCGUCAUGGACGAGCUCAGGCGGACAGGUAACUCCCCCAGCGACAUGACAAAGCAGGUAAUGGAGGUGAUGCACUUGAAAUUCGAACGGGCUUACCUGGCCCACCUACUCAGCUGCCAAAAUGUCAUGGAUGGGGAGGCAGGACAGUAUGACCAAAGAACCAUCACUAAACCAUCAGUUCUUGCGACAGGAAACAAAGCCGGCUCCCUUCGGAGAGUACAGUGAUUCAGAUGGCUGGAACGGGAUCAUUGUGUCUUCUCACUACCUGGCUGACUGCUUGCUGCACGAGUACCAACACCAGGAGAGUGCCAUCAACACACUUUUACAGGGGACCUUUGGACAGGCUUUCCGCUCAGACCACACCCGCAAAAUUGCGAGGAAGGUCACCUUUUCAUCCGGCACCAUGUCCUCGUAUGCGGUCAUGAAUGAGAACUGGAUGAUCCUUUCAUGGGUGAUGGUGCAGUCUGAGACGAAGAAGUCCCU